CCAUUCUGGCUUAACUUCCCUCAUUGCGACAUUCAUUUAUCUAUUUCCCCUGACAUUCUCCAUCAACUAUACCAAGGCGUCUUUAAGCAUAUGGACUGGUGCAAGGACCUUAUGGAUCUCAAGGAGCUUGACCAGUGUAUUUCCUCCCUUCCUGCUUGUUAUGGUGUUCAUCAUUUCAAAAAUGGAAUCUCUGCAUUAGGCCAGAUUGGAGGAAAAGAGAGAAAAGAUAUGGCCCACAUAUUGAUAGGAUGUUUGAUUGGAAAAAUACGGGGAAAGUAA